AUGAGACUACACUCCAGGCAAGCUAGCAACCCACACAGACAGUACAGCGCGGCGCAAUCGCUGCAUAGCUCCAGCGAUGAUAGCGAACACAAAGAGAUACCGAGUACAAUGGGAUGGGCCAAGAGGCUGAUGCGAUGGAUGGUAACGGUCGAUCAACCCCACACGUUCGAAACAUCGCUCAAGAACUACCAGUCGCUUGCCCACGUCACCAACUACAUCUUCUUCUGCGGAGGGCGACUUCGAACAGUGGCCAAGACCAAGUACCUGUCGGUGUUGGUGCUGGUCAUGCUGAUUGCGCCCAUCGUGCUUUUCUCGGUAUUCGAGACAGGGUACCUGUGGAAGCACGUUGCUGGUGCAAAGCCAUGCGUGGUUUUAUGCUACUACUUCUGGACGCUGUGCUUCGCCUCCUUCAUCAGCACGGGGGCCACGGACCCUGGCACGCUGCCCCGCAACAUCCACCUGGCCCAGCUACAGGAUGACUACAAGCUACCCCUCGAAUACUACAGCAUCAUCACUCUGCCGUCGCCCGUGGCCAACGCGCCCGUGCGCCUGAAGUACUGCACCACAUGCCGCAUCUGGCGUCCGCCGCGCGCGUCCCACUGCGCGGUGUGCGACAGCUGCAUCCUGUCGUUCGACCACCACUGCGACUGGCUCAACAACUGCAUCGGCCAGCGCAACCACAGGUAUUUUCUGGCGUUCCUCUUCAGCAGCGUGCUAUCGUCCAUCUGGCUCCUGACAUGCUGCGCGCUGAAGCUUCGGCACGCCGGUUCGCCCUCGGCAGCGCCCGUGAGUCUCCUGCUCAUAUGCUACUGUGCCGUCAGCAUCUGGUAUCCGCUUCUGCUCGCCAUCUACCACCUGUUCCUGACCGGCACCCAACAGACCACGCACGAGUACCUCAAGGCAGUUGACUCUCGCAACCCCAUCUUUCACAAGGUUACACACCCCGAGCGCAACCCUUUCGUUACUGGCAGUUGCGCCAGGAACAUGCUGCUACUCAUGUGCCAGCCUCGGGGAUACGAUUUUCUACAUACAAGAAGCGAGCACCAAGCGGGCGACUGGCGUUUCUUUAGGCUGCCAAUCCCCCAUUCAUUCGAGAAAGUAUGA